GUAAAAACGGCUUACCAACAAGUUCGACCGACAAUUUAUGUGAUUUGUAUCCAAUACUAAAUGUGAACUUGAGAUGCGUAGAAGAUUAUACACUGUUGAAUUGCAUCAAUAGGCUUUUUUUUACAUAUCCAAAAGUUAUACUAUUUGAUUUUUUUGUCUUUUUAAAGCUGAAGCAAAAUACGAGCAACAACUAUAUAAUGUCUCAUUUCAAUGUAGUAAAUCAACAAACAGUAGCUUCCAUAAUCUUUUUAAAAAGCUUUUCUAUCGAAUUCGUAGUGUAAGGGACGAAUGAUACUGAGGCACCAACACGAACAUAAACUUCAGGAAAUGUAAAUUUAAUGUUUCCCUGUUUCAUAGUUGACUCAAAUUCUAUUUUAGGAACCAGUACAAGCACAAACAAACUAACAAGUACAACCUCAAGAUCGACAACAACUAUAAGCCGUAUGUGUAUUAAUGAAACAAAAUUACUGUCAUCUCUGUUGACCAACUCAGCAGUCGAGAAAAUUUCUACAUAAAUAAUACUAACAAAGAAGAAGGACGGUUUAGCCCAUUUUUCGCUAACCGCAUGCGCCGUGAAAGUUCGACUUUUUGAGUUCCGUUUUAGAAAUGAAAUUUUUGUUCAAGCAUAAUAUUUUCAAUUUUAAUUAUUAGAGCCUCAUGAACUAAGUGCUACUAGUUCUAUUUCGAGAAACUAAACUCAAUAGUUAUGAUUAGAAACUAAAUUUAAUAAUGCCAAUACAUCAAGUCGUAAGAAAUAACCUUAUUCGUCCUCGUCUUUUCGAUUAUCCUAUCACGCUAACAGUUAGAAAAAUUAAUUCAUGGUCGAAAUAGAAGUAAACACCUCCGGUUAUAGAGGAAAAAGCUUUUCCUGCGGUAGAUUAUUUGUAAGAAAAAUUUCUACUUGAAGUCAAAAGGUGCUGAAACCCUAAAAGAGUAAAUAAAACACCAUCGGUUUAGAAAGAUCCAACUUCUUAUACCGUUUCCAUGGCUGAAAAUAUCUAUGAAAUCUAAAUAAUACAGCUAAAAAAACAACAGUAGCAUAAGAGGUACUAACCAUUCGCACCCGCCAGUCCCUUUCAAGAAACGUUGAUAUAACAGAUUUAUAAAAAGAACGGAUCAUCUGUCCAAAAGCUAGAUUAUUACUAAUGUAAGAGAACAGAGUAACCUAAAUGUUUCAAUUUUAUUUGCAGCUAAAUUCAUUUUACUUCGAUUUGUAAUUUAUUUACAAUAGAUAUUUCGAUGCUACUGCAUCAUCGUCAGUAUAAGGCUGACGAUGAUGACUAUAGCUGCAACUGAAAUAACUACUGCAUUGCCAAUGCAGUAGUUAUUUCAGUUGCAGCUAUAGUAAAGUGCUAUAGUAAGUGUCUUCGGGUGUAAAGGGUUAAUGACUUAAUUUAAAGCAUGUCAAAACUAACAGCUACAGAGACUGCAGUAACAUUUGAAGCCAUAGCAUUAACAGCAGAUAUGAGAGUGAAAAAGAUCAGCUGUGCAUGACUUUGUCUUAGAACGAAUCGCGGAGCUGAUAAAACUUUGUUGAACCUUAUUUUAUUACGUCUCUUUUAUUUUUAUAUGUUAAUUAUUGUAUUGUCUUGAAUUUGAAAAAUCAUCUAAAACUAAACAAUAUUUAACUAAAGUCUGUUGUAUUUUUAGUAUUUCCAGGCCCCGUUCUGUUGUUCUUAAAGUGUUAAUCUCUACUGCUUUAUUUUUCUUAAAGAUAUAAGAGAUUCUGUUUUCUCCCAAUUCUUUAAAUUGUUUUCUUAUACAGACACUCUACUAGCCGGAAUGAUAGUAAGAAAAUAAUGAGAAUCCUAAAGAGUCUAGUAGCACGUAACAGACUUAAUUGUUGUUUUGCGGAAUGCAGACAAAUAAAACAUACUUGUUGUCAUAGAAGAAACUAAUUUGUAUCUACUAUAUUUUAUACUACGCAUGCAUAGUUUUAAGUUCCAUUCUGUACAAAUAAUAAAUCUUUUUUAGAAAUUACAACGACCACAAUCAAAACGAUCACAGUUAGCUUACCAUAUCAAUGUUCCUCUUAUAUAACAAUUAAUGAUUCAACUCAUAAUGUUGCCUACGGAGGUGGUGCGGGUACAAUUAUUGUCAAAAGUGCACCAAGUAUCAAUCACUGUGGUACAGCGGCACCUGGAUGGUAUAGCGGAAUCUAUCCAUCAGCCAUUGGCUCAACAACAACUGGAAUGGUUUGUUAUAAUGCGAAUAAUAAUACCUGUAAAUGGAACAACUCAAUCAGUAUUACCAACUGUACUACAUUCUACGUAUUUGCCCUGUUUGCUCCACCCACUUGCAAUUUACGUUAUUGUACAACAUAA